ACUGAAAUGUGGCUCUUUGCAGCAGUAUUAUGUUUUGCCUAUGGAAGUCUAAAUGCCCAAGAAUUACUUCACUCAGAACAUCCUGUGGAUCCUGAAGUGUGGAUGAAUGUUAGUGAGAUCAUCACCUACUGUGGUUACCCCAGUGAGGAAUAUGAUGUGGUAACUGAAGAUGGCUACAUACUUAAUGUCAAUCGAAUUCCCCAUGGUCAAAGGCCUCCUGAGAGAAAAGGUCCAAGGCCAGUGGUAUAUUUGCAGCAUGCCAUGUUUACAGACAAUGCUUCCUGGCUCCUGAACCAGCCCAACAAGAGUUUGGGUUUUCUCCUAGCAGAUGCUGGGUAUGAUGUGUGGAUGGGCAACAGUCGGGGCAACACUUGGUCAAGAAGACAUAAGACCCUUUCAGUAGAGCAAGAGGAAUACUGGGCCUUCAGUUUUGAUGAAAUGGGCAGGUAUGACCUACCAAGUGUGAUCAACUUCAUCGUAAAAAAGACUGGGCAGGAGAAGCUGUAUUUUAUUGGCCAUUCCCAAGGCACAACCAUAGGGUUUGUUGCUUUCUCCACUCUCCCAGAAGUGGCCCAAAGAAUCAAAAUGAACUUUUUUCUGGGGCCAGUGGCUUCAUUUAAAUACCCCAAGAGCAUUUUUUCCAGUUUUUUUCUCCUUCCACAGUCAGUCAUCAAGGCUCUGCUGGGGAAAAAAGGCUUCCUUUUAGAAGAUAUUAAAAGGAAAACGACUGCUCUUAAAUUGUGCAAUGGCAAAAUCUCCUCCUGGAUAUGUACUGACUUUCUCUCCUUGUGGGCUGGACGGGACAACAAAAAUCUGAAUGUGAGUCGAACUCCCAUCUACCUGUCACGUUCUCCCACUGGGACAUCCAUACAGAACAUGCUCCAUUUCAAACAACUUUUCAGAUCAGAUGAGUUCCGAGCUUACGACUGGGGUAACGAGGCGGAAAACGUUCGGCACUACAACCAGAGCAUCCCCCCACUCUAUGACUUGACUACCAUGAAGAUGCCCACAGCCAUCUGGGCUGGAGGACAGGAUCUGCUUGCUGACCCUCUCGAUGUGGCCAUGCUGCUCCCCAAAAUCAAGAAUCUCCGUUUCUUUGAGUUGCUGCCAGACUGGAACCAUGUAGACUUCAUCUGGGCCAUUGAUGCACCCCAACGAGUAUACAGUAAAAUCCUCUCUCUGAUGGAGCAGAAUCCAUGAAAAAGGUCAACCAUCCUGGAGGUCAAGACCUGAGGAAUCUAUUGGGAGAAGAAUCCAUAAGCAGAGAGACAGACUUUCCUUUUGGCCCCCUCAUUCUUGUUCAGUACCCACCAUGGAUAGCCUAAUGUUACUCAAGCCUCCUUGGUGCCCUAUGGUCUCCUUCCCCUUCUCUGAACUUUUGAAUCUCAUGUAUUCCUCUGUGGGAUAGAGGGAAGUUCAUUCCUGGUGGUCAGGGAAAAGACCUUUAGAUUCAUCAGAAAAGGAGGGAAGGAGGAAGGAAACAGACCCUUAUAAAGCACCUGUGGGGCAUGGCUGAUCCGAGACUCAGGAAUGCCUGGCUUUGAUCCUCUCCUCUGGCAUAUACUGGCUGUAUGGUCUUUGGCAAGUGACAACCUGUCUGGAGACCAAUCUUCUCUAAGACUGAAAAAGAGAAGCAGGAUAUGCAUGGAUAAAAUGAGAGAGACAGAGACAGAAAGACAGACAGACAGACAGACAGAGACAGACAGACAGAGAGAGAUAGACAUAGACAGAGACAGAGAAACAGAGACCGAAAGAAUGAGAAUACCUGGAGUUCAUAACUUUCAGAAUGGUGUAGAGUGUUUUGCAAAGCUUGAAGUGUUGGGUAAAGUGCCCGUUAUUAUUAAGGGGAGAAGGGAAGAUUUUUUUAAAAGAGCACCUAUAUAUAUGUAUACAUAGAUACAUAGAUAGAUAGAUAGAUAGAUAGAUAGAUAGAUAGAUAGAUAGAUAGAUAGAUAGAUAGAUAGAUAGAUGGAUAGAUAGAUAGAUAGAUAGAUAGAUAGAUAGAUAGAUAGAUAGAUAGAUAGAUAGAUGGAUAGAUGGAUAGAUAGAUGGAUGGAUGGAUAGAUAGAUAGAUAGAUAGAUAGAUAGAUAGAUAGAUAGAUAGAUAGAUAGAUGGAUAGAUGGAUAGAUAGAUAGAUAGAUAGAUAGAUAGAUAGAUAGAUAGAUAGAUAGAUAGAUAGAUAGAUAGAUAGAUGGAUAGAUAGAUGGAUGGAUGGAUAGAUAGAUAGAUAGAUAGAUAGAUAGAUAGAUAGAUAGAUAGAUAGAUGGAUAGAUGGAUAGAUAGAUAGUGAAGAUCAAGUGAGAUAAUAUAUAGCAUCUACUAUGUCCUGGGCACUAUGUAAAAAGCUUUACAUCUUAUCUCACUUGAUCUUCACAACAACCCUGAAAGACAGAUGCUCUUAUUAUGCUCAUUUUAAAGCUGAGAAAACGGAAGCAAAAAGAGGUCACACAGAUAAUAAAUGUCUGAUACUGAAUUUGAACUCGUCUUCCACUGAGUCACCAGUUGCCUCUUUAAUAAUAAUAACUAUUACUGUUGUUAUCAUUCCACCGAAGUCAAACUCUCUUCUCUUUCCCCAGAGUUAAUUAGCUAACCUGAUAACUUUGUCCUAAAUUUCCUGAGAGAGGAAAUGUCUCCCUUCUCUAUUCCUUUCAUAGUGACCUAGAAACAAACCCCCAAUCUCUGUUGUCUGAAUCAAAAAGAUGACUCUAAAGGGAACCACUUCAAGCCCCAUAAGAGGAGACAUUGAAGACCAUAUCCCAGGCACUGGAGCCCAUUGGGUACUGGAAACAACCAGGUCUGGAGUUAGAUUUCUGCCUUGAUUGUUCAUUAUCUGUGUCAAUGGGGAUAAGUUAGUUCCCUUAUUUGGCCCUCAUUUUCCUUACCUGUAAAACAAAUCUUAGUUGAUAG